AAUGUCCCAGAACUACCACAUUAUCGACAUUAACAACCACCCAACCUUUGUCCUCGCCUGCAAUCCUAUCAACAAUCCUGUUCAUGAACGUCAACCCCUUUCGUUCGUGGGCCAGGACCACCUAUGGUGGAAGAAGUGGCCAACCCGGGCCGAAGUGAAUGCCCAGCAUGAGCUCCUGGUCUAGCUCUGUGAAGAUGAAGUUGUUGAAUUGACGGAUAGGAGAUGUCGGUUCUUCCUCGGAUACUGCUUUGAAGCCGCCAUUGUUGAGACGAACCCAGGAUUCUCGGGUGCCGUCCGUCCCGACUGGGUCCUGACGGUGCUCAUUGGCAAGCGUCGCAAGCCCUA